GGUAUCGUCUCCUCAAACAUGAUGCAUGAAGGUUCGGGUAGCAAUGAUGUAGCUCUCUCGAUUCGACGGAAUCUAGAUGGUGCCUUGAUAUUGCAUCAAUAUUCUGCAAGGACUCUUUUUGCUGCAGAUUGAGAGAAGUUGAAGCAAACUUAUGAUCGAAUGGCUGGCCGUCGUCUCACUACCUAAGUACUGUGGUUCUCUCGAAAUAGAAUUGAGGCGGAGUAUUCAACGAAUCACAAUAUAUAAUGCGCCUUUCAUAUCCCGGCAGAGGCUUUUAACCGUCAAAGCCAUAAUAUAACGGUUCUGCCGCUACCUGCCAGGUACUCUUCUCCCCAGUACAUGAAUACCUUUAUCCCCCCGUCGAUGGUUCAUCAUCGUUGCAAUUCUUACCCAGAAACAUAUGGCCUAUUCAUUGCAAGGGAAUUCGAACAAACUGCAAGUCGGUGCUGAGACAAGGUUCAUCAACACUAAGGUUACAAGCUUUUCAACAUGGGGCUGUUUGGUAGAUCAAACAAAAAGAAAAUACUGCCAUCCCAGUCUCAAAAUUACGAUGAUUCAAAUGAAUUCCAAAGACAACCACAUCCUAUAGCUACAACUCGACCAAAUUGGUUUUACAUCGAAGAACGUCCUCAUCAUAUAUCAAAUGCAUACAAUCAACAUCGACCAGCGCCUCAAGGAUGGAUAGUGACUCAAAUCGAACCACCAUCACCACCACCGAGAUAUCAACCACAUACUAUCAUGGCGCCCCCUCUUCUACCACCACGAAACGGUGUUGCGUUGAUGAACUUGCGAUCCGUUACAAAUCUAUUGACAGAGACUUCAUUAAAUGAUCUGCCAUGUGUAGCUGCCAUUAAUAAUGGGGUAGCCGUUAUGUCACAACAAACCAUGCAUCAUUAUCAUCAAACGACCGCGCUGUACGAUACUUUAUCCUCGAAAUUAUGCUCGGUGGUCACGUCAAUUGACGAGGAAAGAUUUAGUGGGGAUGAUCGAGAGCUUACAGUACCUCAACAUUAUGAUUCGGUAUGGCAGGAAGAAAAAGAAUUAGAGACAACCAGUCGAGAUUUCUUUCCACGGAGUAAGAAAUCAAAGGCAAAUCUGAAGGAAAUCAAACCGAGUGAAACGACACAUACAAAUUACUUUUCAAAGGUUCAUGCAUAUGCCAAUUCAAGGUUACCAAUGGAUCUCAAACCAAUGAGACUGUACUUUAAUACAUAUCCUCUCAUAUGCCUCGCAGCUCAAUACUCGGAGCAAGUUUAUUCAAAACCUACCGGGCAAGAAAAAGAGACAAGAGUAAAUGCGAGAGGAAGGGCAGGGACCGUUAUGAAAAGUGUGCCAAUUGAUGAUCGAGAUGUAAUUGUAUUUGCGAUUCGAGGAACCACACAUUCAUUCACAGAUUGGGCCGUUAAUGUCAAGACGAAGCCUACGUCCCCAGAGGGUUUUUUGGACGACCCAGGAAAUUUAUGUCAUUCUGGAUUCUUGGGUGCGGCAAAAGACUGGAUUAAACCAAUAGCAGCUCGACUUCGAAGUCUCCUGCAAGAAAAUCCUAAUCGUACUCAAUGUUCUUUACUUAUUACUGGACAUUCCGCUGGCGGGGCCAUUGCUGCUCUAUUAUACUCACAUAUGCUUUCCACAAGUCCCGAAGCCAGAUCGGAGCUUAAUGUCCUCACGGGAUAUUUCAAGCGAAUCCAUUGUAUUACAUUUGGAGCACCACCGAUCUCACUCUUGCCAUUAGAAAAACCAAAGACCCGCGCAGCUUCCAAGUCCAUCUUUAUGUCUUUCGUCAACGAGGGCGAUCUAGUCGCAAGAGCAGAUUUCGCUUAUGUCAGAUCCCUACUCGAUCUCUAUUCCACUCCGACGCCCGGAAAAUCCGUUCUCGAACCCUUGAAAUCAGGACUCAAAUCUUGCAAAUCUAGCAAUGCCCUGUCGACGAAAAAGAAACAUUCCAAACCCGAUCCGCAUCGGGAUUUCGGACCCAUAUGGCAUGUUCCCGAGGCCACUUUGAGUAUUGCGGGAAGUAUUAUUCUCUUGCGAGGAGUAGAUCGAUUGGGAAAUGCGGAAGGAAGCAAGAAGUUGCAGGAUCGAAUGGAUGAUGGAGUGAUUGCGCAAAUUGUCUCGGAUGAAUUGUUGAGGGGGGUGGUGUGGGGUGAUCCGGUUAGUCAUAUGAUGAAGCUCUAUGCGAGGAGGAUUGAGGUUUUGGCUACGAAUGCUGUGAUGGGACGGACGUGAGGGUGAGGUGAGGGGUGAUGGGGUGAGUGGGUUGAAUGAAAGAGCGGGUGCUUGAUAUAAGGGGCAUUAUGAAAUGGGAUGGGUUAGGCGCAUAUGGUACUAUACCCUUUUAUCCACUCCGUUUAUUUGCAGGAGAUGUUUUUAGUACGGUUAUUUCAUGCAUAUAUAUAUACACAAAUAUUUUCAUAAUCUUCCUUUCUUGUCGAGUUACUGUGUGAUGGAUAUAUUG